AUGACUAUACAUAUCAGUCAGCAGGACGAGGCAUCCGAGAUGCUGUUCGCUUGGAUGAAACGGCGUGGGUUGGAGGGCUCGGCCGGAGCGUGUUCUGUCAGCGUCGUGAAGAAGGGUCACCCUGGCGAUGUCUCCAGAAACUGCGGCAAGAAGGCUCUCGAAUAUAAACCCUGGCGGACAUCUUUUACGUUUUGGUACAACGGUUCCAUGAUAUCGUACAAGACCCAAUACGUCGACAAGGGAGGCGAUCGCGGGACCGAGGAACAGACAACGCUCAGCUGCCUGGGCUGGUCCAACAAGACCCUCAAGCAAUUGAUGCAGGAGUGUCGCAGCGAGUAUCUCGAGAGAAUCAGGGGCAAGACAUCAAUAUUUGAAAAUUCAAGUUCAAGCUGGAGGAAGCUCAAGGAUAAGGACGCACGCCCGUUGUCAACCGUCAUCCUCGACCAUGAGCGGAAGCAGCAAUUUCUCGGCGACAUGCAAGGUUUUCUAAGCGAGGAGACACGUCUUUGGUAUACUCAACGUGCACUCCCAUACCGCCGUGGGUAUCUUCUCUACGGACCGCCCGGCACCGGCAAAUCCAGUCUCAGCUUCGCUAUAGCAGGCGAGCUUGACCUGGACGUCUAUGUGAUCAACGUCCCAGACAUUAGCAACAGCACUCUCAAGAACCUGUUUGAAAGUCUACCCGAUACAUGCAUCGUGCUUCUAGAAGACAUUGACGCCGUUGGUGUGUCGAGAACCUCGGAUCCUGAGAACAUUGAGGAUGGGGCGCCGGCAAGAGUUUCCCGCAGAAGUCGGGGCACAGUGACACUGUCAGGACUCUUGAACACUUUGGACGGCGUUACAUCCCAAGACGGCCGGAUCGUUGUCAUGACCACGAAUCACCGCGAGAACUUGGACGAGGCGCUGAUCCGCCCCGGUCGCGUCGACAUGCAGAUGGAGCUACCUGUUGCCGACUGCAAGGUCAUUGCUGGCCCUUUCAAAUUUCUUCUUGGUCCAGCCAGUCGGGAUAGUGGAGUUGAAGACGGCGGCGUGAUAAGCAAAGAACAGGAUGAAUUGGGAGCAAAAGCUGUCAAAUUUGCAUCAAUGGUUCCACCAGCAACAUUCAGCCAGGCGGAGAUUAUCUCCUUCCUUUUAAUGCACAAGAAUGACACGGAUGCUGCUCUGGCUCAAUGUGAAGAGUGGGUAGAGCGAAGAAAAGAAGAGAAGAGAGUUGCGACCGAGAGGAAGGAGCUAAAGGGGAAACUACUACAGUCUUAG